AAGGAACACGUGGACAUGAAGGAUAUUUUAUUUUAUUUUGUGGUUAUCGCUUACGUCACAGCGGGAUAUGGCGAGAACUCAGCGCCUGACCAAUGCCAGGCGCUGAGUCCAUUGAGCCAAUGCCCAAUGGACAUACCUUCCAUGAAGCUUUUAAAAAAAUUAUACGAAGAGUCACCUGACAAAAAUGUGAUAAUAUCUCCUAUAGGCGUUUUCACCCUACUCUCACUGUACGCAUCAGGGUCUGAAAAACAGAGUCGUGAUGAAGUCAUGCAGCUCCUCGGAUUUAAUUACUUUACGCAGCUUUUAGAUUGCUACAGUGGAUUGAGUGAAAUGUUUAGUUUCAUGAAUCAAAAAUACAUUAUUCUGGCCAAUAAAGUGUUGGUGUCUGACAAGUAUACUAUAAACGAUGGAUUUUCUUAUACGACGAGCUUGUACAAGAGCGAAGUAGACAAAAAAAAUUUUGAAAAUCAGACAGCAGCUGCAGAAGCUAUUAAUAAAUGGUCAUCUGAAAAAACAAAUGGAAUUAUCAACGAACCGGUGUCCGCGUCUGAUAUUGAUGCGGAUAUGGCUGUGGCGCUCUUUAACGUUAUUUUCCUCAAGGAUAAGUGGCACGUUCCGUUCUCUGUCGCAAACACUAAGGAUCAAGACUUUUAUGUAGACCGGUCGACAGUUGUGAAGAGACCUAUGAUGCACUUAAAACAUCCACUUUACUAUUACGAUGACAAAAACAUGGGCGCCAAGAUGGUCAUGCUGCCUUAUAAAGGGACGGGUUUCCGUAUGGUCAUUGUGUUACCUAAUGAAAUGGAUGGUCUCCCGCAAGUGCUGGAGAAAUUUUCGGAAACAAGGCUUAUGGAUAGUGUCAACAAGAUGCGCCCUCAAGGAGAUAAAGUGUACUUAUAUAUGCCUAAAUUUGAGUUCAAAACGAAGAUAGAAUUAAACGACAUUCUACCGAAGGUGGGUGUGACUAGUAUAUUCGAACAAGGCUCGUCAGGAGUAGUUAAGGAGCGCACAGUGUCAGUUUCCAAGGCGUUGCAGCAGACCUUCAUCAAAGUGGACGAAGAGGGCUCUACUGCCGGAGCCUUUACAGGAUUUCUAUUCAUGCCUACGUCACUGGAAAACCCCAAAUCGGAACCGAUCCCCUUCAAGGCGCACCACCCCUUCUUGUACGUGAUCCUACAGAAUGACUUCGUGCUUUUCGCUGGAACCUAUACGCACUAAUGAAUAAUUAUUUUAGUUUUAAUAAUGAUACAAGAUUGUAUCUUGAAAUUGUUUCUGAAUAAAAAAUGUUAAAUAUC